GCGACAAAUCUAUGGUUAUGUGGUUAUGUCAGGUUAUGUAGAAUUGUGGAGUAUCGGGUAUCGGUGGUUUGAUGGCGUUUCGAGGUUACUCAUUAUGAUUCCAUGUGUAUAAGUGGACUUGUGCGAACCGCAAAUUAUGAUAAUACCACUGGUAUUUAUUAUAAAUUGUACAUUCGAUGUCUGUCGAAUUUAUCAAUUCUGAUAAAAAAAUUUUAUACAAGAUGCACAUGUUCGAAGAUAUUGAGGCAACUUUGAAGUGAAUGUGAAUCAAUAUUCGCAACGCACUUUCUUAUAAAUAAGAGAAAAUUAAUUAACAUUUAAUAUAAUGUGGUGUAUCACAUGUUGUUUCUGCAAAGGAACAUUGAUAAACAAUGUUAAAACAGCCUUUAGAAGAGUUUCAGUGGCUGCCAAUGUCGAUAAGAGUAACGAGCUGAUGCUCUUGGGCCAGAAAUAUGCAACAGACGAUUGGACGAAUGUCAUGCCAAACGUUAUCGCUAAAUUGGGAAGAAAUCUGCACGUUCAGCAAAACCAUCCACUCUCGCAUUUACGUCAACGCAUCGUGAAUUACUUUUAUGGACAGUUCCGCAGUAAAAGCGGAACUCCGUCGUUUAGUGUCUACGACAAUAUAUGUCCUAUAGUCACAGUCGAGCAAAACUUUGAUUCCCUUCUUGUACCAAAGGAUCAUCCAAGUAGAAAGAAAACUGAUUGUUACUUUAUUAAUCAAGAUACGUUGCUGAGAGCACACACCACCGCGCAUCAGGCUGAGCUGAUCUCGAUGGGAUUGAAUAAUUUUCUCGUCAUCGGCGACGUGUAUCGACGUGACGAAAUUGACAGAACGCACUACUCGAUUUUUCACCAGGUUGACGCAGUCAGAUUGCGUACAUCGCAAGAGAUAUUUCGCAACGUGAACGAUUCUGAAAAUCUUAAGUUGUUCGAGCACAGAGGGAUAGAAAAUGCUGACAAGCAGGCCUGUCAUAGCUUGGAAGCGGUGAAAGUGAUGGAGCAGGAACUGAAAAGUACUCUUACUAGUCUAGCACAAGCUAUCUUUGGGAAAGAUGUGCAGUGCCGAUGGGUCGACCAAUAUUUCCCAUUCACUCACCCAUCGUGGGAGCUAGAAAUAUUACACAACGACAAUUGGCUUGAAAUACUAGGCUGCGGCAUUAUGCGUCAGGAAAUUCUACAGAAAUCUGGUGCCAUGGAUCGCAUCGGAUGGGCGUUCGGUCUUGGCUUGGAGCGUUUGGCCAUGCGACUUUAUAAUAUUCCAGACAUAAGAUUAUUCUGGAGCAACGAUGCGGGUUUCCUAAAUCAAUUUAAAGUAGACAAUCCUAAUGCACAUAUACAAUACAAGCCCAUCAGUAUAUAUCCACCUUGUAUCAACGACAUAAGUUUCUGGUUACCAGAAGACGGAAGUUAUUCUUCUCAUGAUUUUUACGAUAUAGUUAGAGAAAUAGGUGGUGAUAUCAUUGAGCAGAUUUCAUUGAAGGACGAAUUCAUACAUCCAAAUACUAAAAAAACAUCUCAUUGUUACAGUAUAGUGUAUAGACAUAUGGAGCGCACGUUGAUUCAAAAGGUAGUCAAUAAAAUUCAUGAUCAAAUAGCAAAAGCGGCAACCGCUAAACUUAAUGUAGUUAUCCGAUAAAAUUAAAAAUAAAAUAUUUUCCUAGAAAAAAAAAAUAGAACUUUUAUGUAUAAGCCCUAUAAGAUACCUUGAUAAAAUAGGUAUGUGAAAAUCGUAUAAACAAUGCAAAUAUCACAGGAAAAGGAAUAUAUUAUUUUAUUUGUGAAUAAAUUAAUUAUAAACGCAUUACAUAGCAAAUAAUAGUCCUCUAAGAAUAACUAUAUUACUUGCGGUACAUUUUACAUUAGAGAUAACAACGAUUACAGUUAUGUUCUACAUGCUUGUAAUAUAUACAUGAAUAUAAAACAUUAUGUAAUCUAGUAUUAUUAUUUAUUUACGUGCUGGGAAUAUAAAUGAUAACAAAAGAUAUCCCCCAUAUAGAAAUAUUCUGAAGGGAUAAGAUUAAAAAGAAAUGUUUUUCGAAUAGUUUCAGAGAGAAUAAAGCUUCUUAUAUAAUAUAAUAACAUCAGUGCAAAAAAUGCCGGUUAAGUUUAGUUCGCAAAAAUCACAGUUUUAUUUCUGAUACUCAAAUUCUAUACUUUAAUUGUUUAAUUCUAGUCAUUUCUUUAAGUCAAAUGCAUCUAGUUAUUGUUAUACAAAUUAAGAUUAUUUGUAGUGAUCCAUGCGAAUACUCAAAGAUUUAGAUACAUG